AUGAAAAGAGAUGUUGAGGGGAGGGAAGGGGUGAAGGAUAUUGUCCUCUUGGUUGACAGCUCUGACACUAUGGAACCUUCAUCUCUCCCCUAUGUGAAAAAAUUUAUGAUCCGUAUGAUUGACAGCCUUAUAAUAGAGCCUAACAAAUUUCGGCUGGCACUAGCUCAGUACAGUGACGAUUUUUCCACUGAAUUUAUGCUGGACACUUACAGAAGAAAGGGUCCUAUGGUGAAGCAUAUCAGGAAUGACUUUACAUUUCGUGGUGGGAGUUCAGUGCAAAUUGGAAAUGCCCUCAAUGAGGCCUAUGAAACCUUCUUCCAAAAGUCAGCACACGAAAAAGAAAAGCAACAAAUCAUUGUGAUUUUGACAUCAGCACCUUCAGAAGAUGAUGUUCAAGAAGCUGCCAGAAGCUUGAAGAGUCUUGGAGUAAAGAUAAUAGCUAUAGGGACAAAAGAAGCUCCAUAUAAUGAACUUUUUGAGAUGGCCACCCCACCAUUUCAUUACAAAAAUCCAGUGAUAGAGGAGCUGCCUAAAUUCUCAGAAUAUAUGCCACAGAUCAUUGAUGAUAUUACACAAGUAAACAUCAGAGACUUAAUAAACAUACCUGAUUACAAUGACAUAGCUGUGCAGGAAGAUACUACGGAUAUUGUCCUGCUGCUUCCUGGCCAACAGGACACAGAAAACGACGCAUUUGCUUACAUGAAAGACUUUAUUAGCAAACUGAUACGUGAUCUGCCACUGGAAUCUAACCAAUACCGUCUUGCACUUGUCCAGUACAAUGAUGAUGUUCAUGAAGAGUUUGAACUGGGCAAAUAUAAAACAAAGCAGCAUAUGUUGAUGCAUGUGCAAGAAAUGCAAGCAUUGCAAGGUGGGCUGCUAAAAACUGGCAAUGCCCUCCGUUACAUUUAUGAAAGGUAUUUCAAAGAACCAGGUAAUGGAGCAGAUAGAAAUCAGGUUUUAGUUAUCCUGUCUUCUUUGCCUUCUGAAGAUGAUGUGGAAGAGUCAGUGAAAAUGUUACAAGACAACGGAGUAAAAGUGAUAGCCCUUGGGAUACAUGAAGCUGUGAUGCAACAACUGGGCUUGAUGGCUACGCAGUCAUUCUCUUCUUAUUUUCCUAAGGAAUGGGACCUCCCUAUGUUUUCUAAAAAUGUCUCCAAUAUUAUUGCAGAGUACCAGAUGGAUAGCAUUAAAGAAGUAGAAGUAUGUGAGGGAGAUUUGGUUGCUGACAUUGUGUUUAUAGUUGAUCAUGGUACUUCAAAGUCAAACUUUGAAGAAUUAAAAAAAUUCCUGCAAAACCUAACAGCCUCACUUGAUGUGAGGGAGAAAUGCAUAAGAAUUGGCCUGGUGACAUACACUGAUGGACAAGAAGUGGUGUCUCGUCUGAACACAGAUACAAACAAAGCUGAAAUUCUGCAGAUAAUAAAGGACCUUUCUGCUGGGUCAGGAAAAGCCUACACUGGUGCAGCUAUUAAUGCCACAAGACUAAAGCUCUUUACUGAAAGUGCUGGGAGCAGAAAGAAGCAAGGGGUAGAACAAAUAGCUGUCCUCGUUACCCACAGACUCUCUCGAGACAAUGUAAGUGAUGUUGCUACUCUUCUGCGGAGAAGUGGUGCCACAGUGUUUGCCUUAGGUAUUGAAGAGGCUUCUUAUCGACAGCUGGUCCAGAUAGCCUCUUAUCCUCAAGAGGAGCAUGUUACCAGUCUCAAGGUGUUUUCUGAUCUGCAAAGGCAAAAUACAAUUUUUCGAAAGAAGCUCUUGAAUCAAAUACAAAACAAGCUGUAUGUCCACUCGGAAAGAAAAGAGAUUAUCAAAAAAGGAUGCCUGGACACAGAAGCAGCUGAUAUUUAUUUGCUCAUUGAUGGUUCAUCAAGUGUUCACUACCGGGAUUUUGUGGAUAUGAAGAAUUUUAUGAAGGAAAUGGUUAGGCUGUUUGACAUAGGCAUAAAUAAAGUUCGAUUUGGACUCGUGCAGUUCUCACAUUUCAAUACACUAGAGUUUAAACUUGAUAAAUACACUUCAGCAAGUGAUCUGAUAAAAGGGAUUGAAAAUGCUCAGCAAGUAGGUGGAAAUACCAAUACAGGGGCAGCUCUAGCUUACAUGAAGCCGUUGUUUGAAGAGGCCAGGAGACCAGCAGUGCCUUGCCAUCUAGUUGUUCUCACAGACGGAAUGUCAGAUGACAGCGUGAAGGAACCGGCCAUGAAACUCAGGGAAGACCAAAUUAACAUUUAUGCCAUUGGUGUGAGGGGAGCUAAUGAAACUCAGCUUGAUGAGAUUGCAGGAGUGAAAAACAGAGUGUACUUUGUACAUGAUUUUGACUUGCUGAAAGACAUUAAAAAUAAAGUCGUCCAAGAGAUCUGUACCAUAGAAGCCUGCAAAGAAAUGAAAGCUGACAUUAUGUUUCUAGUGGACAGUUCUAGAAGUAUUGGAAAUGAGAAUUUUCAGAAAAUGAAAAACUUCAUGAGAGGGCUGGUGGACAGAACAGAUGUUGGUGCAGACAGAGUGCAGAUUGGUGUUGUCCAAUUCAGCCGUGAACCAAAGGAAGAGUUCAAGCUCAACAGCUACUCCACCAAAAGAGAUGUUCUCAGUGCUAUUGAUAGGCUAUCUCCCCUUCAUUCCACCACACUGACAGGAGAAGCACUGAAGUUCAUGCUUAAAUACUUUCAAGCCAGUAGUGGUUCACGUCAUGCAGUUAAAAAAGUUCUCAUCCUGAUCACAGAUGGGAAAUCGCAAGAUGAAGUUAAAGCCCCUGCCACAGUACUGCGAGAUAAAGGCAUUAGUAUCUACUCUGUUGGAGUUUUUAAUGCAAACAAAACUCAGCUUGAGGAGAUUAGUGGGAAGCGUGAGAUGGUAUUCUAUGUUGAGAAUUUUGAUAUUCUAAACCAGCUAAAAAGCGACCUCAUUUUUGACAUAUGCAGUAGGCCUCCAGAUGAUGAAUGCAGAAGAGUGGAACGUUUAGACAUUGUGUUUGUUAUGGACAGCUCUGGAAGCAUAAGCUCCAUACAAUACCAGGCCAUGAAAGACUUCAUGAUUACCCUGGUGAAACAGUCUGAUGUCGGCCCAGAUGGAGUUCAGUUUGGAGCACUGAAAUAUUCUGAUGAACCUGUAGCGCUCUUCUACCUCAAUGAGCAUACUACAAAACCGGGUAUUACUGAGGCUAUCCAGAGAGAUGACCCUCUAGGCCAAGCAACUUACACAGCAAAGGCACUGGACCAUUCAGAAAUGUUCUUCAGUGAAAAACAUGGCAGCCGCAAGAGCAAAGGAGUUCCUCAGGUGCUGAUAGUGAUAACUGAUGGGGAAUCCAAUGAUGAAGAGAUGCUGGAUGAUGUGGCCCAGAGAUUAAGGAACAAAGGAGUUACCAUCUACGCAGUUGGAGUAGAAGGAGCAAAUCGAGCUGAGCUUUUGACAAUGGCUGGAUCAGAGGACAAAUGUUUCUAUGUGGAUACCUUUGAAGGACUUGAGAACUUAACUGCAAACAUAACAAAUAAUAUGUGUAAUAUAUCAGUAUCAGACUGUCCAAAGGAAGCAGAUGUUAUUUUCCUGGUGGAUGGUUCCAGAAACAUAGAUGAAGAAAACUUAAGGAUAAUGAUGGACUUUGUGACAAGUGUAAUCAAUCCAGCUGUUAUUGCUCAAAAUACCAAAAUUGGCCUUGCGCUGUAUGGUGGUGUCUAUAAAGAAGAGUUUAAUUUACGCUUUUUUCCAAACAGAUCAGAACUAGAAUUUAAAAUUCAAAGCAUCAAACAAAUUCAAGGACACAAAAUAAAUAUUGAAAAUGCACUUGAGAAAGUGAAACUCAGCUUCCAACCAGAAAAGGGUAGCAGAAUACAUGAAAAUGUCCAACAGAUUUUAGUUGUAAUAGUUGCUGGACGAACAACCAGUAGAUCUGCAAGAGCAGCAGAAAGCCUGAGGAAGAAAGGCAUUGACAUAUAUGCCAUAGGUGUGGGAAAUGUUGAUCAGUCACAGCUAACACAGAUAACUGGAUCAUCAAGUAGGAAAUAUGUCGUUGAUGAUUUUUCUAAGUUGAAGACCAUAAAGAAAAGACUGGUUGAUGUUAUUUGUGAGGAUGAUAGAAAAGUGGCUUGUUUUGUGGAUAUCACUUUGGGAUUUGACAUCUCAUCACAGAGGGAAGGCCACCACUUAUUUCAUGGACAGACCAAACUGGAAAAACAUUUCCCUGAGAUUUUGCAAGCCCUCCUGUCACUAAGGGGUGUGAGCUGCAAUGUUGGGUCCAAGGUACAGAGUAGCGUGGCUGUUCAAGUGAAGAAUACUGUUACUCCAAUAUCUGCAAAGUUCUACAUUGACAGUGAAUCUAUCUGGCAUAACCUGUCAAAUGCUGUGAUCAAGAGACCAUCCCAACUUAAUGUUGAGCUCUUGCAGUCACUCUGGGAAACGUUUCAGAAAAAGGAUGAGACCCGACAAAAGGUAUUACUUGUGUUUUCAGAUGGUGUGGAUGAUGACUUAGAGGCACUUGAACAAAAAUCUGAAGAACUUAAAAAGAAAGGUUUGGAUGGUCUUAUCACUGUUGCUCUGGAAGGAGCCUCCAAUAUUCAAAACCUCCGAUCCAUUGAGUUUGGAAAAGGAUUUGAAUAUGGAACUCACUUAGAUAUUGGCAUGACAGAUAUUGCUAGCAGGCUAUCCAAGUUCUUGAACAAUAUUGCUGAGAGGACCUGCUGCUGUUUGUCUUGCAAAUGUACUGGGGAAGAAGGUGAAAUUGGAGGUAUGGGACCACAAGGGAUAAAGGGACCCAAUGGUGUUAAAGGCAACCCAGGAUAUCCUGGAGAUGAAGGAGCACCAGGCUCAAGAGGACCACCUGGACCACGAGGACGACAAGGCAACAUGGGAUGUCCAGGCAAAAGAGGUUUAAAGGGAUUUCGAGGAUUUCUUGGAAAAAAGGGUGACAAUGGGGAAGAUGGGACUGAUGGAAUUAGAGGUGAAGAGGGAGCUCCUGGGGUUCCUGGAAAGAAAGGAGAAAAGGGUGACAUUGGAUAUCUGAACCCCCAAGUUUCUGGGUUUGUUGGGAGUGGAAUUGGGGAAGAGACUGGAAGUCCAGGACCAAGAGGACCCCCUGGAGAUCGUGGCCAGAAGGGCUUUCGAGGAGAUCCUGGUAACCCUGGACUGAACAAUGCAAUAACAGGAGCAAGAGGCUUUGCAGGGGAAGAGGGGGAAGAGGGGGAGAGAGGACAAGAAGGCUCACGUGGCUUCUCAGGAGGCGUAGGCAACCCGGGAUUACCAGGACAAAGGGGACAACGGGGACCAGAGGGCAGUCGUGGACAGCCUGGUCAGUAUGGCUUGCAAGGAAAGCAAGGAUACAAAGGACCUCAGGGACAAGAAGGCAUUAAUGGUCAAAAAGGACAGAAAGGGAGACCAGGACCUAAGGGUCCUCCAAAUGAACCAGGAGGUAUGGGUCUGGCAGGGACUCCCGGAGAUCCUGGAAAAACAGGAAUUAAAGGACAACCUGGUGAUCCAGGACCAAAAGGAGAAAGAGGCCCAUAUGGUUUGCGUGGGAGGCAGGGAGAAGAUGGUGCUUUUGGAUAUGGCCUACCUGGAGAAAAAGGAGUGAAGGGAAAUAAAGGAUUUCCUGGAGAUUUUGGACGAAAGGGUGAAGCUGGGGACAAUGGAAUUCCAGGGGAACGUGGACUGAAAGGAUAUAGAGGCAGAAUGGGUAUUCCAGGACCUCCUGGUCUGGAAGGCAGUACAGGAGACAGGGGUUCUCCAGGACACAGGCCAUGUGAACUCAUUGACUACGUCCGCAAACACAGCCCUUGCUGGGAUGGAAAACCAAAAUGCCCAGUAUAUCCAACAGAACUGGUGUUUGCCUUGGACACCUCUAGGACAGUCACUCCUGAGACAUUUGAACUAAUGAGAGAGAUUAUAACAGCAAUAGUGAGCGAGGCCAGAAUCAGAGACAGCAACUGCCCAGUGGGAGCCAGAGUCGCUGUUGUUUCCUACAACACAGUUACCCACCACCUGAUCCACUUCUCAGAGUUUCACAACAAGAAUAAGCUACUCUAUGCACUAAAAAGUAUUUCUUACCAGAGAUCCUUCAGUGAACGGGACACUGGAGGUGCAAUGAGAUUCAUUACCAAGAAUGUUUUUAAAAGAACGCUACAAGGUCCUAAUGUGAGAAAAAUAGCUGUGGUUUUCAGCCAUGGACCCGCCGCAGAUGCAUCUUCUGUUAAACAAGCUGUCCUGGAGAUGAGUGCAGUAGAAGUCAUUCCAGUAGUUAUUGCUUUAAAAAACACACCCCAAAGCUCCCAGUCUUUCCUGAUGGAGGAUUCUGGAUUGUUCCAGGUGCUAAAUGUUCAUGAUGGACGCUAUAAUGAAGCUUUACGAAGAUUUCAGCUCUGCACUUUGUGCUAUGACAAAUGUAAACCAGAUAGUUUUUGUGAGCAACCCAGGCCCCAUUUACCAAGGGCAUACGUGGAUGCUGCCUUCAUUCUGGAUAGUUCACAGAAAAUGAGUGGUGCUGAAUUUGAGCAAGUCAAAGACUUCAUGAGCAAAGCAGUCACUACAUUCAACAUUUCCUUGGAUCCAAAAACAUCUGUUGUAGGGGACAGAAUAGCUGUGGUGAGCCAUGCACUGUCAGAUUUCAGGGCAGGUUUAGGGAAGAGACCAGUAAAGAAAGAAUUCGACUUUGUUACCUACCGCAGUAAAGACCGAAUAAGAAGAUAUAUUAAAGAAUCUCUUCAACAGCUGAAUGGAGAGGCUGCUGUCGGCUAUGCCAUACAAUGGACCAUUGCUAACAUUUUCUCAGGGGCUCCCAAUCCAAGGCCAGUCAAACUUAUCAUCAUUAUAUCUGCUGGAAAAACGAGUCAAUGGGACAAAGAAACAUUAAAAAAAAUUUCCCUGCAAGCUAAAUGCCAAGGCUAUGUGCUCCUUGCAAUUUCACUAGGAAAGUCCUAUGACAUCAAUGAACUAGAAGAACUUGCAAGCGCUCCUCUGGAACAGCAUUUGGUUCAGCUUGGCAGAAUCCACCAGCCUGAACUUGACUAUGUAAUGAGGUUUCUGAAGCCGUUCAUACAUUUCCUCAGGAGUAUGCUAGCAUGCUCUGUGCCUCCAACUAACUUGGUGUUUGCCUCGGACUUUCACACAGAAGUUGCACCUCAAAUAUUUGAAAGAAUGAGAGACGUGAUAACUGUAAUAAUCAAUGUCGCCAAAAUCAGAGACAAUGACUUCCCUGCAGGAGCCAAAGUCAUUGUUUUCUCCUACACCUUGGCUGCCCACGACCUGAUCUGCUUCUCAGAGUCCUGCAACAAGAAUAAAUACCUCAGAGGUCGUAAGAAUCUGAACUAUCAGAGAUCCUCAAGUAAACAUAAUAUUGGCAAUUUACUGAGGUUGCUGCCAGAAGCUUUUUCAAGCGAAUUAUUCAAGGUCCUAACAGAAGAAAGAGCCACAUUAUUUCAGCCAGAUCCCACCACAAAUAUGUCUUCUAUUAAACACUGA